UGUCUAGGACAGUAGGGGUCAGGUCCAGGGCUGCAGACCAAGGGAACGGAAUGGAGGGCUGGACACUGGGGCUGGGGCUGCUCACGGCUCUGGCCGUCUCUGGUGCCUGGGCCCUGAAUGAGGAGGAGCGCCUCAUCCGCUAUCUUUUCCAAGAAAAGAGUUACAACAAGAACCUGCGGCCGGUGGAACGCCAAGGGGGCAAGGUGGACGUCUCCCUGGCCCUCACCCUCUCCAACCUCAUCUCCCUGAAAGAAGUUGAUGAGACCCUCACCACCAACGUGUGGAUCGAGCACGGCUGGAUGGACAGCCGACUCCAAUGGGAUAUGGCCAACUUUGGGAAUAUCAGCGUCCUGCGCCUGCCUUCGGACAUGCUGUGGCUCCCCGAGAUCGUCCUGGAGAACAGGCCCCCCUCUCUCAAUCGAGCAGCCCCGGCCCCCUCCCCUUCCCCUCUUCCGGUCUCCUGGGCCCAGCUCUCCCCACCUUCUCCUAAGGGGCAGCGGAUGGAGCCGAGGCCCCAGAGACCCAGGGCUCAGGGCUCAGGACCCAGGGCUCAGGGCUCGGGACCCAGUACCCAGGACCCAGGGCUCAGGGCUCGGGACCCAGGGCUCAGGACCCAAGGCUCAGGGCUCAGGACCCAAGGCUCAGGGCUCAGGACCCAGUACCCAGGACCCAGGGCUCAGGGCUCAGGACUCAGGACUCAGGGCUCAGGACCCAGGGCUCAGGGCUCAGGGCUCAGGGCUGGGGGCUCGGGGCUCAGGACCAUCUCUCUCCAUGGCAGGUUUCUUCUCUUUGGCAUGGUCCUGGUUACGAUCAUCGUGCUCAUUUGUGUGGUCACCCUGAACAUCCACCACCGGACACCCAGCACCCAUGUCCUCUCGCAGUGGGUCAGGAAGAUAUUCCUGGAGACCCUGCCCCGGAUCCUGCACAUGUCCCAGCCAGAAGUUGCGCCAGUGCUGGGCUCCCAGAUUCGCCGCAGCAGCUCUCUGGGAUAUAUCUCCAAAGCUGAGGAAUACUUCACGGUCAAGUCCCGCAGUGAUCUCAUGUUUGAAAAGCAGUCGGAGAGGCAUGGGCUUGCCAGCCGGGUCACUCCUGCUCGGCGGCCCCCACCAGGGUCUGAAGAGUCCCAUCAAGAGCUGUUGAAUGAGAUAAAGCCGGCCGUGGAUGGGGCCAACUUCAUUGUAAACCACAUGAGAGAUCAGAACAACUACAAUGAGGAAAAGGACAGCUGGGGUCGAGUGGCCCGCACCGUGGAUCGCCUCUGCCUCUUUGUGGUGACCCCUCUCAUGGCCCUGGGCACUGCCUGGAUCCUCCUACAGGGCUUGUACAACCAGCCUCCCCUUCAGCCUUUCCCUGGGGACCCUUUCACCUACGCUGAGAAGGACAAACGCUUCAUCUAG